AUUGGCUCCUCGAUUUAAACCCCGCCCGGCUUUUCUGCCCGCUCCCGCUGCCGCUGGACCAGACCGCCCAGCCCCGCACGUCCCAGCCCCGCUCGCAGAGAGCCCGGGGCCGCCGCUGCUAUUGUGUGGAUGCCGCGCGUGUCCUCUCUUGUCUUCCAGAGAUGGCUAACCGGGGCCCGAGCUACGGCUUAAGCCGAGAGGUGCAGGAGAAGAUCGAGCAGAAGUACGACGCGGACCUGGAGAACAAGCUGGUGGACUGGAUCAUCCUGCAGUGCGCCGAGGACAUAGAGCACCCGCCCCCAGGCCGGGCCCAUUUUCAGCAAUGGUUAAUGGACGGGACGGUCCUGUGCAAGCUGAUAAACAGUCUAUACCCACCAGGACAGGAGCCCAUUCCCAAGAUCUCUGAGUCAAAGAUGGCUUUUAAGCAGAUGGAGCAAAUCUCCCAGUUCCUAAAAGCUGCAGAGAUCUACGGCGUCAGGACCACGGACAUUUUUCAGACGGUGGAUCUGUGGGAAGGGAAGGACAUGGCAGCUGUGCAGAGGACCCUGAUGGCUCUCGGCAGCGUCGCGGUCACCAAGGAUGAUGGCUGUUAUCGGGGAGAGCCAUCCUGGUUUCACAGGAAAGCUCAGCAGAAUCGGAGAGGAUUUUCAGAGGAGCAGCUUCGCCAGGGACAGAACGUAAUUGGCCUGCAGAUGGGCAGCAACAAGGGAGCCUCCCAGGCAGGCAUGACCGGCUACGGGAUGCCCAGGCAGAUCAUGUAAGAUGCCGCCUCCAGCCUCCCAGGAGAGAGGACGAAUGUUCCACACCACAGUCUCUGUGAUAAAGAAAUAGUUAGUCACCUUCUGACCUUCUCUUUCUCGAAGCCUCCUGUUCCUGGUUUUUGCAAGUGCCGCAUUUCAGCUGCAAACCCGCGUUGCCCACUGCUGCCACCUUGCGUUCAUGUAGAACUAUGCAAAGACUCCGCCUCCUCUUCCUGAGCUCCUCCUUGGCCCCAAAGUCGCCUUUUGUCUGAUUAUUUAUUUAUUUAUUUGCCAAAAAAUGCCCCCUCCUCAACUUACUAGAACACACCUAAUAAACAAAUUAGUCUUGUGGCUUCAAACGUAAAC